AUGGUCAAGUACUGCGGGGCCAAAAAGUGCGACUUAAUCGAUCUCCUGAAUGCUGCGACCACGUCGAGGGAACGCAACAAGGUCGUGAAGCAGCUAAAGAAAUUUGACCCGUGCCCGAGACGGGAACUCGAUGUGGAAUUCGACGCAAAAGACUGCAGCUGCAAAAAGUAUAACCAGACGCAGUACUUCAUGUGCUGGAGGUGCGACAAACCAAAGACGACGUCAGUCAAAGUCAUGUGGAACAGUCCCAAAGGUUUGAAAAUAAUAUGCAACACAUGCUACUUCGCUUUGAACGCGAAUGCGGACCUGGAGAGGUCCAGGAAGGAAAACGCGCAGUACUACGAUUUCAUGAAGAAAAAGUAG